AUGGCCUCCGAGGUGCUCUUGCCCAUCCAGUUGGCCACAGGGCCGCCGCCAUCGAGCCGCAAGCCCAAGCAGAUCAGCGACAAACGACGCGACAAGAAACGGGUGGCCGACCGGCAUUGUCAACGUCAGGCUCGAGCCCGAACGAAGAACAAGAUCGCCGAGUUGGAGUCUCUUGUAGCACAUCUAACAAGCCAGUCAGGCAACGAAGUGUGCCGAGAGCUGAGGGAGCAGCUCGAGACCGCCCGCACCGAAUGCCGCUCUCUCAGACGCAAGCUCGCGACGAUAUAUUCCCUCGCCCAGAUCAACCUGGACGAAGACUCGGAGGCAACACGCCACGACGACGCUACGGAGAAGGAAGGCGCCGACUUCUCUCCGCCCUUUUCGCUGCCCGGCCAUCCCAGGUCGCCCGUGGUGGUCGUGGACGAUCCCCAGGUAGAUGCCCGCAGCGAACCUGGCCAUCAGCCGCGCGGGCCUGUGUGUAACGUCCACGGCGAGGCUGAAUUCGGCUUCCCCCUCGAUGACAGCCUCAAUUUAAACUUUUCGGAUGCCAUGUUCGAUGAGCAAACCUUCAAUCCGAUGGGGUUAGGGGGGGUACCGCUCGAGUUGGAUGAAAUGUCCGGCCCCCACAACCGUAACACUCUCAGCACCACAGCCACCACGCCUUCGCCCAUUCCGCUCUCGUUUCCCGAAAGUGGGUCCUCGUGCACGUGCUCUCACCACACCACCAACACCCACCCUCACAAACAGAUGUGGAAUUUUGUGAGCGACACGUUGCAGAAUUGGAAGACUCACAACUGUUCUCGACUCAGGGACGACGAAAUCCACGACGACAUUGCCGUCCGCGCUGUCAUCGCGGGCUGGGAUGAGCCCACCCUUAGCAACUUAGGUCCCUCGUGGCGCAUCUUGCGUGAUGUCGACCAGAAAGUAUGGGCCAAUUCCCGCGACGUCGAUCGUCUGGCCGUUAUUUGCAUCAUGGAUUUACUACUCCAGUGCCACCUCAACCCUUCGGAGGAGAAUAUGAUGAGGCUGCCUUCUUGGUACAAGGCGAGGCCGUCGCAAUUGGCUCAAAAACAUGCCUACGCUAUUGAUUUUUUUGUUUGGCCGGGCAUCCGCGAGCGAUUCAUCUAUCACUAUCACAAAUACUGUUCCAACAAGUUCUGGGCGCUACUGGCGCAACAUUUCCGCUUCGUGUGGCCAUAUGAUCUCCGUGAUUGUUAUGUACAUAACCGAGAGACUGGUAGAUAUCAACUAUCAGACUUGUUCCGCCGUCACCUCAACGACCUGACAUCCUUCACCUUUGCCAGAGACAUGUUUGGCAACUACCCAGAAUUCGGCAGCGACAUCCCAAAGUACAUGAAAAUUCCGCAAAGCCUGGCUCUCAAGCAGCUGGACAAUCAAUCACAGAAACGGAACUACCAGCAGAUUCCUGGAAACCAGAAGUUGAUCGGAUUCAGUCCUGUGCCUUCGGCGGGCGCGCAAGGACAGUGGUACCACCCGCCAGACGACCUGAGCAAAAGCAUCGGCCCUGUCUUGUGGGCUCCACCGCUCCAAUCCAAUCAAUUUUUCUAG